AGAGAGAAAGAAUUGCAAGAGACCCCUUGCCCUGUUUGUAUCUCUCUCUCUCUAACUGAAACUUUCUCUCUCUAAUCGAUCGAACGUUGAACCAGCUUAGAGAUCGUUAACCGCAAUCCUAAUAUCUUCACUGUUUCUCUCUCUCUCAUUCGGAUCCAGGUUUUCUCUUCGGAAGCUCGUGGAGAAGAAGAACUCGAAAGAGGAAAAAGAACGAAGACGAGAAAAACCCUAGAAUUCGUUUAUGCUUUGUUUUCAUGGUAUAACAGAUGAUUGUUAGGGAGCUACUUUUUAGUGGGAAUUUAACGUGAUUUUUUUUUUAUUUCUAGGAGAAAUAUUCGAGUUUAGAUUCGCAGGAAUGUUGAUUCUGUAGAUGUACAUAUCUUCUUCGGAGUUUGAAUUCGGAAGAUUUUGGGAAAGUUAGAGCUGUUUCUGAUUGUUAGGGCGUAAUCAGAUGGAUCAAGAAAUGGAAUUUUCUUGGCUUUAGGGUUCGUAGUUAGUUGAUUGGGAUUCUGUUAAUUUUGGUUUGGUCGGGAUUGAGGAAUCGGUUUGGAUGCGUUAAAGGGAUUAUGAAGAGGAGAGUUUGAAAUUUCUUCGUAAUAAAUUGUGUGGUUUACUUUACCAAAAUGAUUUUACUGGAUUCGAAGAAGGAACUAGAAUAAUAGAUUUGAGUACAUGUAUUUAGGCUUUGGAGCUUUUUGUCGAGAUAGAAAGUUGAUUUUGGAUGGUGAUUGCUUGAGAUGGUUUCUGGAUUUUCGCCAGUCGAUUCGGCUUGAGUUGUGAGUUCGUGAAAGUUGGUUUUCAGUUUUCACGAUUUAGAGUGCUAAUCAUUAAGCACAAGCUAAUCGGCUUUCAUUCGAGUGUUGUUUGUUUGAAGAAUUUUGCAAAAUGAGCUCAGAGGAUGAUGAAAAACACUUACCAGACCAGUUUAUCGAAUUGAACGACGAAACACAUAAGAAGUUAAGAAUUUCAUACACGAGAGAUUUCCUGUUGUCAUUAAGCGAGUUAGAUGUUUGCAAAAAGUUGCCUAGUGGGUUUGAUCAGUCACUUUUAAGUGAAUUUGAGGAUGCUUCCCAGGACCGGCAGAGAACUUCUGGUGGUUUAUCAUUAAAUAGUUUCAGGCGUAACGAGUAUGGUUCAUCCCCACCCACUAGAGGUGAUUCGUCUAGUUAUUCUCGGGGAAUUCAUGGAAGAUGGGAAAGUCGUUCUUCCGGAAAAAGUGACAGGGAUAGCGACUCCCAAUCUGACUGGGAUGCGGAUUCUGGAAGACGAUAUGGCAACCAACCUAGGCGGCCUUGGCAGGUUCCUGAGCAUGAUGGGCUUCUAGGCAGUGGUUCAUUUCCAAGACCUUCUGGGUAUGCUGCAGGGGCAUCGGCAGCAAAGGUUAGACCAAAUGAAAACUACCAGCUCAGCAGAAGCAAUGAACCAUAUCAACCUCCACGCCCAUAUAAGGCUGUACCUCACUCACGGAGGGAAACCAACGACUCAUACAAUGAUGAAACAUUUGGUUCUUCCGAGUGUGCAAGUGAGGAUAGAGCAGAAGAGGAAAGAAAGAGAAGAGCUUCUUUUGAAUUGAUGAGGAAGGAACAACAUAAAUCAUUUCAAGAAAAACAGAAAUCGAAUCUUGAUAAGAAUAAAGAUGAUUUCGACUUUUCUACCCUGAUUGAAGAGUCAAAGGAUGACAAGAGAUCUGUGAAGAGAAGCAGCGAGUCAAAUCUGGCUUCAGGUCAUGAUCCUGAAAAAUAUUCUGCUCCUUCACAAAUUCCUGCAUCCAGACCACUUGUACCCCCAGGUUUUACCAGCACAAUUUUGGAUCGAGCAAAAUCUUUAAACCAUUCCCAUGAAGCGGAGGUUGGAAGUCUUGAAAGUGAGGACAAUCUUUUGCAUGGAAGAAGCAACACUGUUGUAAACUCAACUUCUAAUGAUCUAGAGGACAAACAAUUAGCUGAAGAAAUAGAUUUAAGGAAGCAAAAGCAUGAAAGUGUGAGUAGCCAUGCUUCAAUUAAUAAUCAAAACAGAAAGGGUCCAGGUUUAUCAUCUUUCUUAGAUGCUUCUGAUAAAACAGUUGGCACUAGUAAUAUAUUGCGCGACAAAACUCAUGCCUCACAAGUGUUUGAAGCUUCAAGCACUAAUGAAGUUGAGCUUAAUGUUGAGAAGGUAAAUGGGUCUUCAGUUUUGGGUGAGUCCAAUCAGGGUCAUCCUACCUCAAUCCUAGAUAAGCUUUUUGGCAGUGCGUUAACACUGAGUGUUGCUGGCUCCUCCAGUGUUCUUGAGCAUCAUAAUAAUGAAGUAGACAAGGCACAGAGCCCUCAAAUCGCCCAAUCUUCGAAAUUCGCCCAUUGGUUCAAGGAAGAAGAAAAGAAACCAGGCAAUGAUCAGUCAUCUGGGCGGCCAAAUGACUUGCUGUCUUUGUUAGUUGGCAGUGAAAAAGAUGGAUCCCGAGUUUCUGGGAGUAAAAAUGAGAAAAGUUUACCCAACUUUCCCUUGCAAAACUCUGAAACUGCAGACAAGCUUGUGACAUCGGAUGUUAUAUCUGCUCCAGUAGGUAGUUUUGACAAGUUGUUCAAGGAUAAUAAACCAGAGCCAGUUUCUGCAGUCCUUACAUGUGAAGAUCUUGAACAGUCGAUCCUGUCAGAAAUUAGCGAAAAUGGUUCAGUCGCACUGGUACCUGUUCAGAGCUGGACUGACCCUGAUGGAAAGACUGAGCCGCCAAAAGCUGAUAAUCUUGCAUCCCAGCACCUCCUUUUGUUACUACACAAGGGGACUACUGUGAAAGACGCGGAAUCAUCCUACAAUCUAGACACCUUAUCUUCUGACAAUCUUCACGACAUUGAAGAAGCUACUAUUGCCACUGCACUUCAUAGCUCAAGUGAGGCUAAAGCCGAAAAUAUUUCUCACUCAGCAAAGUCUCUUACUCUUGAAACACUUUUUGGGUCUGCUUUUAUGAAGGAGUUGCAAUCAGUUGGAGCUCCAGUUUCCAGCCAAAGGGGCUCUAUUGGACCUGCAAAAGUUGAUGUUUCUGAACCCCAUGGAUUUCCUUUUCCUGUGGCGGAUAAUCUCCUUCCUUCUUCAAAUGACAUUGGAUUUAGCACUCCUGCUCAUGAGAGUGGUGUUCUGACAGCAAAUAAAAGGAAGCAAACCAAAAUCGAUCAGAUUGAGGAGCAAUGGUUAAGCUUCGAUGACACUCAAGCUGAAAUAAAUACGUCACAGCUUCGAGCCAACUUUGGGUCUAAGGUUGGUGGCUUUGAUGUGCCUGCUGAUGUUCGGUUUCCUGAAGAAGAUAGCUUGAUUACCUCUAGUGAUCCUCUAAACCUUGAAAACUUUAUGCCGCCUGGAAGUAUGGUUAAAUCCGAGCUGCUGUCCUCUUCAAAUGUACCAGUUGACUAUGCUGAAAAGUUAGCAACCUUCAAUUCUGCCUUCAGAGAUGAAAGAUCUAUCCGGGGAGGUCAAGAACCCCCAUUUCUUCGUGGUCCUUAUGAUAUGAGGGAGUCCAGCAAUCCUUAUCAGAAUCUUAAUAUUCAACCAUCUUUUCCACAGCAUCAUCCUUCCCAACUGAAUAACAACAUGGGACCAUUGUUCCAUCAUUUAGAUUCUCAUCCUGUUAAUAUCAAUUCCCAAAUGAAGUUUAUGGCUCCAGAAGCUGUAACCCAUCACGAUCCUCCCCAAAAUCACCAAAUUCCUAUGAAUAUGCUUCGUCCGCCCUUUCAUAGUUCCGGAUUAUCUGGAUUUGAUCAGCCCAUUCAUCACCCUAUGCUGCAGCAGAUGCACAUGCAAGGCAAUUUCCCACCUAACCUGCUUCAAGGUUUACCCAGGGGUCCAUCACUACCUCCUCAUCUUAACCGGAGUGCGCCAAUGUCUGCUCAUCCAAACUUCGCUAGUCUUGGGAUGCCGCAGCCAGCUCAUGAUGUUGUUGGGGGAAGCAAUCAUCCAGAGGCAUUUCAAAGGCUUGUCGACAUGGAACUUAGGUCGAAUGCAAAGCAGGUUCAUCCUUUUGCAAGUGCUGGACAAAGUCAUGGGAUAUACGGUCACGAGCUGGACAUGGGUCUUGGGUUUAGAUAGCAGAAUUGUGCUUGUGCUUGUGUAUAUCACUGUAUUCUCACCGUCUUCUGCUCGGAUCUUCAACUCCUAUCAUGGGAGAUGUUUCUUUCUUCUUUUUCGGGGUUGGGGUGGGAGUAGAAGGGAGGAGGGCAUGUGUUUCCUUUUUAAGCAGGAUUGGUGGCACCAGUGUAAUUAAUGGAUUUUUUUUUUUUAAUUUU